AUGAGUACGCCCGCCUCGACCCCGUCGCGGCUCCGGACCAAGCGAAACUUCAAGGCGCUCGCACUCGAUGUCGCCACGCCCGCGCCUCCGCCAAAUCCCGAGCCUGAGCUCAUUCCGACACGUGCUGCGCCGGCACCGUUAGGCGGGCCCGCGUUGGGAGCGCCGCCCAGCAAGCCUGGGGGCAAGAAGAAGCGCCCGCCACCGAUGCAGCUCAAGACGCCCAAGGCGGUGGAGACGCCGUCGGGAGAAGAAGGCGCCAGCUUUGCGCGCUCUGCCCUGCCAUCAGCCGCCGCGGCCAGCGCUAGCGGGAGGCAGAACUACCACGCGACACUGAGCAGUACCCUUGCCAACCUGGACAUGAACGCGACAACGAAAUACGACCUUCGCGACGAGGAUCUCAAGGACCUGCACGAACUCGGCCAGGGCAACGGAGGCAGCGUCAAGAAGGUCGAGCACGUCCCCACGCACACCAUCAUGGCAAAGAAGAUUGUUCUUAUAGACGCCAAGCCUUCCGUGCGCAAGCAAAUCUUACGCGAGCUGCAGAUCAUGCACGACUGUCAUUCAGACUACAUCAUAUCCUUCUAUGGCGCCUACUUGUCCGACCCCAACAUCUGCAUGUGUAUAGAGUUCAUGGACAAGGGCUCGCUCGACGGCAUCUACAAGAAAAUAGGCGCCAUCGACAUUGACGUCGUUGCGCUCGUCGCUCUCGCUGUGCUCGAAGGGUUGACGUACCUAUACGAUGUGCACCGCAUCAUCCAUCGCGACAUCAAACCCUCAAACAUCCUUUGCAAUUCCAAGGGCCAGAUCAAGAUCUGCGAUUUCGGCGUCUCUGGGGAACUCAUCAACUCUAUCGCCGAUACCUUCGUUGGUACAUCAACAUACAUGAGCCCUGAACGUAUACAGGGUGCACAAUACACCGUCAAAUCGGAUGUCUGGUCUUUGGGCAUCUCCUUGAUCGAAUUGGCCUUAGGCCGUUUCCCCUUCGCCGAAUCCGCUUCCGAUGACAGCGACCUAUCCGACUUUGAAGGUACACUGUCACCAUCACACCCAUUCCCUGGCCAGCGCAAGAAGGACCCAGCAAAGGAGGCGGAGAAAGAGGCCAAGAAGAAGAAGAACAGGAGGAAGAGCAAGGGUGUCAGCUUGCAGGGCGGCGGAAUGACGAUGAGCAUCCUCGAGUUGCUGCAACAUAUCGUCAACGAGCCGGCGCCGCGGCUGACACCGGAAGAUCGCUUCCCGAAAAUGGCACACGACUUCAUCGACGGGUGUUUGAGCAAAGAUCCUGAUCAACGCAAGACGCCGAAGGAACUGCUGGAAUCCGAGUGGAUCAAGAACGCACGCGCCACGAACUUCGAUGUCGAGGCGUGGGCAAGCACAUUCUGA